GAAAAAAAGUUGGAAUCCUCCAACUCAAUCGUCCCCAAAUUCCCCCAAAAUCGGAGAGGAGAGGCGCAGCGGCGAUCGAUCCGAGAUGUGCCCUCGUCGCGCAGAUCGGGCGCGGAAGUCGGUGAAUCCAAUGGAGGAGAGGUUCGAGAAGGCCAUCUCCAAGCCCCCACCGGCACCGCUGUCGCUCCCGGAGACGGCGCAGUUCUUCUUCCAGCACCUCCCGCGCCACAGCCGUGGUGGCCCUCACGUCGCCGCCGACGAAGCCUGGGAGAGGAAGACAGCUCUGAGGAACUCCAUCCACGACGCCUACCUGAGUGCCCUCGCGCGCCUCCCUUUCAACGGCCCCGACGGAUCUCAGACGAUGCCGUCCCUCCUGCCUGCCCUCCUCGCCGGCGGCCACUGCUUCGGACCACUCGCCGACGGCGCCUCCAACAUCAUCGUCAAUACAGUAUGGAUCCACGCUGCCUCUUCUCCUGACCGCUUCACGGCUGCCGAUAACGUUGUCGAUGUCGUCUACCUCGAUCACAUCAAGCUCGGCUCCUUCCUCGGCCUCACUCUCCUCGACGCUGUUGCCGACCGUGACCGUGACUACCACGCUGCCGCUGUUGCCGCCAGGCACCCCAACUGCGAGGCCUUCGCUGCAUUUGCACGGUCCGGAGUCGCCACAAGCCCUGCUGUCACCCAGCUGCUCGCCAAUGGCAGCGGUGUGCUCUCCACCGAGGAUAUCGAGCGACUGUCUGCCCUACUGGUUCCACAUUCGGCCCCUCGGCUCCAAGAUUACCCGGCGCCAGAGUCCAAGCAACUCAACCUGGAGAGGGAGGAGCGUAUCAGAAGAUGGCAAGCAUGGAGACGCAAGGUCGCCAACAUGGCGAUUGAUCACUGGAACCGCACCAUUGGGGGACCUGAGCUACACCUCAAGGUUGUUUUUGCCGUCAGCAUUGUUGAGGAUGGUCACCAACAUAUCAACUUCAUGGCCACUCCAAGAGAUAAACCAGCAGACGUACAACUAUUCUUUGCAGAACAUGCAAGCAAAACGGGUAUCGUGCUUUGCUGCCCUGUGCAAAAUUCUGUCUCUCGAAGCGGUCACUGCCGUCUCUGCGAGGGUGUUGAAGAAAGGAUUACCCACCCACCUUUCGGAGCAUACAGUUUCCGCAGUGCGCUUGAUGCUACCUUGGAUAUCAUCGACUUUGAUAUUGCAAACCUGUUGGACAUUAAAUAUGCUCAGCACCUUUGGGGUUCAAGACAUAUGUGCAGUUCUGGUUACCCUAUUGAUACCAAUUCCAGCACCGAAUGGGUCAGUGAGUAUGAUAUGAUAAUAAUUCGGUAGUUAAGCUGUAAAGGAAUGUUGCAUUUAUGUAGUAUCUGUGAGCACCCAAAUAUGUGUUCAGAGAGACCUCUGAAAUAAACAUUUGUUAUUUGAUUUAUCCCUCAUCUUCCUAGUUGAGUGCGUCUGUAUUGUCUGUUCUAAUAUAUAGUAAUGGAUUUGCUGGAAAUUAGGCUCCUUAUACUUAAUAUAAGUUUAAUUCGAGCGCU